UCAGCUCUCUCACUGCCACGGCCAACUGAGAAACUGACUCGCCAUUUCGCCGGAAAAUCGACAAAAUCUGACGCUCUCUCAAGUAAUUUGGGGUUUCUCCUCUCCCAAAUUCAUUUGGUGUAUAUAUUGCUUGAAAUUCGGUGAUUAAGAUUGGUUGAAGGAGUUGGUGAUGGAGGCUAAACUUGUAUGCUUAGAUCGAACCAGUUUGUUAUUCAACUCUUUCGGAGCUCGUUCCUUCCGACUUCCGCAUUCCUGCUUGUCGAAAACUAAUUUCCGGCCUUUGAGUUUUUCAUCAGGAUCAAUGAGCAACGCAGUGAAAUGUGCCUUGAAGUCUUACAAAUUAUCCGAACUUUCUGUGUCUGAGGUUGAUAAUCUGAAAUGUCGUCCCCGCAUUGAUUUUUCUUCUAUUUUUAGUGUGGUCCAGCCCAUCGUUGAUGAUGUACGGACCCGGGGUGAUGAUGCAGUGAAAGAAUAUACUGUCAAAUUUGACAAAGUCAAACUGGAUACGGUGGUUGAAGAUGUUGCAGAUUUGCAAGAUCCCGAGUUUCUGCUUGAUCCUCGCAUUAAAAAGGCCUUUGAUGUUGCAUACGACAAUAUAUAUGCAUUUCAUGCUGCUCAAAAGUCAGAGGAGCAAAGUGUUGAGAACAUGAAGGGAGUUAGAUGUAAACGUGUAGCGAGAAGUAUUGGUUCUGUUGGACUUUAUGUUCCAGGAGGGACUGCUGUACUGCCAUCCACAGCUCUUAUGCUUGCAAUUCCUGCCAAAAUCGCUGGCUGCAAAACUGUAGUUCUUGCCACACCUCCAAGCCAGGAUGGCAGCAUAUGCAAGGAGGUCCUAUACUGUGCCAAGAAAGCUGGUGUCACUCAUAUCCUUAAAGCUGGAGGAGCUCAGGCCAUUGCUGCUAUGGCCUGGGGAACAUCUUCUUGUCCUAAGGUUGAGAAGAUAUUUGGACCAGGAAAUCAAUAUGUAACAGCUGCAAAGAUGAUCCUGCAAAAUAGUGAAGCUAUGAUCUCAAUCGACAUGCCUGCUGGCCCUUCAGAAGUUCUGGUGAUUGCUGACAAACAUGCUAACCCUGUCCAUGUUGCAGCAGACUUGCUUUCUCAGGCCGAACAUGGACCAGAUAGUCAGGUUGUUCUUGUAGUAGCCGGUGAUGGUGUGAAUAUAAGUGCUAUUGAGAAUGAAAUUAGCCAGCAGUGUCAGAAUCUUCCUAGAGGGGAAUUCGCAGCAAAAGCAUUAUCUCAUAGUUUUAUCGUGUUCGCUCGGGAUAUGGUUGAGGCAAUCUCUUUCUCAAACAUGUACGCACCUGAGCAUCUGAUUAUGAAUGUAAUAGAUGCUGAGAAAUGGGAAAGCUUAAUUGAGAAUGCAGGAUCAGUAUUUAUGGGGCCGUGGACGCCCGAAAGUGUUGGAGAUUAUGCUAGUGGAACAAAUCAUGUCCUUCCAACAUAUGGUUAUGCAAGAAUGUAUAGUGGGGUGUCACUUGAUUCAUUCCAGAAGCAUAUAACAGUUCAAUCUUUGACAGAGGAAGGUCUGAGAAAUCUAGGCCCGUACGUUGCAGCAAUGGCUGAAGUCGAGGGACUGGAAGCUCACAAGCGUGCUGUGACCUUAAGGCUUCAGGAUAUCGAGGCAAGGCAAGUGUUAAGAUGAUAAAUUUACUUUUAUGAAUGAUCUGCUGAAAAACAAACAAACAUAUGUACUAGUUUAUUUGUACCAUUUGAAGCCUCACAUUGAGGAUGUGUUGUGUGGAGUCGAUUUUGUUACCAGUAUUCUGUCUGAAAUAAUUGAAAUUGAAACAGGAAACUGUUGCAGUAAUUUGGUUGCAAUAAUUGAAAAGCAAACAAACAUA